UUUCUGAAUCACGAUAAAUAGGGAGACAGCUAACCGACGUCUGGUAAGCAGCUCAUAGAAAGCUACUUUGAGCUCCUUGUCACAGAGCCAAAAACUGUGAGAUCUCUGCCGGCAGAUAAUGGCCAUCCAAAAAACACUCAGUUUCCUGGUAUUUUUCCUGUUGAUUGUUAACCCUGAGUUUUCCAGAGCCCAACAUUGGUCACAUGGUUGGUAUCCAGGAGGCAAAAGAGAACUGGAUCUACCUCAGUCUGCACCGGUUUCAGAAGAACUCAAAUUAUGUGAAGGAGAGAACUGCAUAUUCCUGCGAAGCUCUCAGAAAGACUUUGUGAGGAGCAUUUUGACCGAUAUGUUGGUGCGAAGGUUUCAGAAGACAAACUGAAUUUCAACUUAUUUUCAAAUCGUGUCAAGUACCAAUUGUAACACAAGCUGAUGUUGAAGAAGAAAGAAAGUCUUCAAAGCUAUGAUUUUAAAAGCCUGAAAGAGUAUUUGUUAAGUAUACAGUAGCAUUUCCUCAUGUACACAUGGCAUGUGAUAAAAUGUUAUGUGAUUAAAGUAAACUUUAUAGAGAGUUUUCCUCUUCUGUGUAAUAAAGGAUUUUAUUAUGCUACAUCCCCACACCAAUUCUGAAAUAUU